GGCACUGGGACUUGGAGAGUGGCUCUCUAUAACUGCCUCUUAUAAUUCUCUCUCUACUUUCUGUUAUACGACAAAUUUCCGUUGAUACAUAGCUCUUUCCUUCAUCUUGUUCUUGAAUUCAUUGUGAAUUGGCCGAUAACCUAACAUUGGUAUCAAAGCACGACCCUAUCUUUUUGUACAUGGUAGCUACCAGAGGUACGAUGGAAGCGUGUUUGGAGAUCUUGGAACACGAGAUGGAGAACAAUUGUACGGAGACGAGGCACAUUCACAAGGAGAUGCGUGAAGAAGCUCAGCGAACUCGCGAUGAGUUGCGCGAGUUAAGUCUGCAGCAGAAGGGAAGCCGGUCGCGGGGAAAAUCAAAAAUCACAAAACGAAGCAAGCAACAUGACAGUAGCGACUCUUAUUCGUCUGCUUCAGGAGGAAGCGGUCCAGUCCAACUAGUCGCCGACUCACUCUCCAUUACGAGAAGUCUCGGGUUCGAAACUGAAGUGAGUUUCAACCCUGAUAACUCCAGACCCCCAGUCCCCCUCCCCAAGAUGCCCCUAGAGCAAAAAAAAGUGUACUAUAUAUAGUUUGUUAGUAUCUCGGUUAGUUGUUAAGUCAGUUUGACUCAACUGACUAUAAAAUUAUAAA